AUGGGGGCACUCCAAAAUCUGUGUCUUCUCACACUGCUCUUUCUCGGGGCCAUAGCAGCUCAAAUUAAAUCAAGUCGCGCUGCAGAAGACGCCAUAGCCGUGGGGAAAACUCUGUCAGGCAUCCAAAGCAGAUCUUCAGCAAACGGCGUCUACAGGUUAGGUUUCUUUCCAUUGGUCGGCACAGCAAACUGGUACGCAGGCAUCUGGUACGCCCAAAUGAACAGCCCGACGGCCGUAUGGCUAAUCAACGUGGAUCGCCCGUUGCAGGACAAUUUGGCUGUCUUGAAUCUCACAGAAAACGGCAGCCUAGUGCUCUCAAACGGCAGCCUACGGCUCUCCGACUACUCGGUCAUUUGGGCGAGCAACGGGACGUCAAAACCCGCUUCCACAGCCAACAUAACGAACGAGGGAAACCUGGUCGUAUAUGGAGCCCACAACAGGUCCGAGAUACUCUGGCAGAGCUUCGACUAUCCGCAGAACACGUGGAUACCAGGGAUGAAGAUCAGCGAAAUGCAGCGGCUGACGUCAUGGAAGAGCCCCUGGGAUCCGACCCCGGGGCUCUACAAUCUCUUGCUGGAUAAGCAAAACGAUCAGUUGAUUCUGCAGGGGAGGAAUUCCAUCAAGUACUGGGAAUCCGGGGGCUGGAACGGCCAAAUCUUCAGCAAGGUCCCUGAAUUGACCCAGGAUUUGGUGGACCUGUUCGACUAUUUCAACAAUGGAACAUACAAGUAUUUCACAUAUAGCCUCAAGCCCGGGGUAACUGUUAGGACCCGUUUGGUCAUGUCCGAGUCAGGUGACAUUAUGGCCUACGCGGGUCAGCUGGACAAUACAGAUGAUGUAUGGACCAUGUUUUGGACUCAACCUCGGGAUCAAUGCCAGGUCUAUGCUCUCUGUGGGGCCUACGGGACCUGUACAACGAACAAUGUUCAGUUUUGCAGCUGCUUGACGGGUUUCACGCCAAGUGAUGAAAGAUCAUGGGAGGCCCAGGCUUGGUCUGGCGAGUGCAAAAGACGGAGGAGUUUAGAGUGCGGUGAGACGAGCACGGACGGCUUCAUGGAAGUCACUGCCAAUUCCUUGCCUGUGGACGCCGUCGCUGUGGCCGGAUCGGCGUCGGAACAAAAUUGUCGGAGUGGUUGCCUUAGCAAUUGCUCGUGCACGGCGUAUGCUUACGAUGGCACCCUUUGCAACCACUGGCUUGGUGAAUUGCUCAAUCUCACAAACUCCUCAUCCUCAUCCACAUCGCUCUUUGUACGAUUGGCCGCCUCGGACGUGCCUCGCGCCCCACCUACUAAAAACCAGUAUAUAGUUUUAAUAACAAUAAAGAUAGAGGAUAUUUGA